AUGACCAAAUCCCCAGAUACCACCGACAAAGUGGUCGACACUCUCGACCGCACUCCCUCCUAUGCGGAAGGCCAGAUCCUCCCCAACGAUGCCAUCCACACCCAGCGUCUCUUCGUGGGAGUGGGUGAAGUGCUUGCUCUGGCUGGCCCAGCCAACAUCCUCCUCGCCUACAUUGCCAUCUGCAUCAUCGUCUAUGCCAUCAUCACCGCCACCAACGAGAUGAACACCUACCUUCCCUUCAGUGGCUGCUCCAUGGCUGCGUACGGCACCCGCUUCGUCUCCCCUAGCCUGGGCUUUGCCAUGGGCCUCCUUUAUUGGUACAGCUUUGGCAUCCUCGUCGCCUACGAAAUCACCGCCGCCGCUUUGGUCAUCGACUACUGGCCCAACAGCGUCCCUCUCGCCGUCUGGAUCACCAUCAUGUUGAUUGUCGUGGUUGGCCUCAACUUCUUUCCUGUCAAAGUCUACGGCGAGACUGAGUUCUGGUUCGCUUCCCUUAAAGUGUUCCUCAUCAUCGGCCUCCUCAUCCUAUCCUUCAUCCUCUUCUGGGGCGGCGGCCCCGAUCACGUCCGUCUGGGGUUCCAUUACUGGAAGCAUCCCGGCGCCUUCAACACGUACCUCGUCUCCGGCAACACCGGCCGCUUCUGCGCCUUUCUAUACACCCUGUGCUACUCCGUCUUCUCCUUCAACUUCGCCCCUGAACUCCUCGUCCUCGCCGCCGGCGAGAUGCGCAACCCUCGCAAGAACCUCCCCCGCGCCGCGAAGCAAUACUUCUACCGGCUCAUCAUCUUCUACAUCCUCGGCGUCCUCGCCAUCGGCGUCAUAUGUCCCAGCAACGCCUCCGGCCUGACCACUGGAUCCGGCGUCGCCGCCUCCCCUUGGGUCAUUGCCAUCAAACGCGCCGGCAUCCACGGCCUCGACAGCGUCGUCAACGCCGUCAUCAUCACCUCCGCCUGGUCCUCCGCCAACUCCUACCUCUACAUGUCCUGCCGCACCCUCUACUCCCUAGCCAAAGCCGGCAGUGCCCCCGCCAUCUUCACCCGCUGCAACCGCCACGGCGUCCCCUACUACGCCGUCCUGGUUAGCUCCCUCUUCGCUCUCCUCGCCUACAUGGACUGCGGUGCCGGCGCCAGCACCGCCUUCAGCUGGUUCGUUAAUGUCACCAACACGGCCGGGUUUACCUCCUGGACUUGCUGCGGUGUUAUUUUCCUGCGGUUCCGUGCUGCCUGCAAGGCCCAGGGUCUGGAUGGUAAGAACCUGCCGUACCGCUCGUCGCUGCAACCAUGGAUGGGCAUCAUCGCCACCGCUGUGUGUCCGAUUCUGUUGCUGUGCAAUGGCUUCGAGGUGUUCUUCCAUGGCCAGUGGAGCAUCUCUGGGUUCUUGACCUCGUAUGUCGGUUUGUUUGUCUUUGUGGUGGUAUAUGCGGCCCAUCGGAUUGUGAGGUGGCGCGAUGGAUGGGCGAUUCCGCCUGAGCAGGUGGAUUUGGUGUCUGGGUUGGAUGAAGUGGAGGCGUUAAGCGAGGAGGAGAUAGAUGAGAAGAAGGGUUUUUGGAGACGACUGUGGGAUUGA